AUGAUGUCUAGUAACACUGAGCCCAAUGGCUCUGGCCGCUUUCAAAAUGUUAUUUUAAUGCAUACUAGUCAGGGAUCUCUCGUCUUUUAUAUCUUAAUCUCAAUCAUAAUCCUCCGCUAUGCGUAUAUCUCUCUCAGAUAUCACUAUUCCCAUUUCUCACGAAAACCUAAACAGAUCCCCCCAACCUUCCCAUACCUACUUCCGUUGCUUGGAAGUGCUAUACCAUUUACGUUCAAUUGUGUAAAUUUUGUCAAAAGGGUGACACAAUAUGCCGGGUCAUUGGUUCCAGUUAGGCUCUCGAUCCUUUUAGGGGAAAUAUUCUUAUUCCAGGGCCCAGAGAAUGUUGCUGCAGUCUGGAAGCAGCAGCAAUUAGGCAGCCCCAUCUUCGUUUACACCUUCGCCCUCAAGAACAUUUUUGGAAUGCCCCAGCAUGCCUUGGCUCCGUAUAAAGCAGAUAACUCAGGGUCUCAUCGCCGCCCACACCCCGACAGCAAUGUUGCCUCUCACAACCGGGUUGAUUUCCUUACGCACAUGGAUCUUUUCAAGGCGUUCGGUGGAUCUGGCCUUAAUACAUCCUUUGAGCGAACUGCCAACAUCCUGAAGCGUAAUCUUACCGGCUUAGACGUCCCUUCGGACGGAUGGGUCGAGAUGCCCGACUUCUAUGGCUUUUUCCAGGACCAACUAGGCGCUGCUGUUAUAGAAGGAUUGUACGGCUCUACUCUGCCCCGGCUAAGCCCAAGCUUUAUCCAGGAUCUCUGGUCAUUUGACAGAGCCACCCCUAAGUUUGCUAAGCUCAUGCCUCGUUUCCUGAUCCCUGAGGCAUAUCAAGCCCGUGAGCGACUAUUAGACUCUAUUCGAAGUUGGUAUCGCCAUGCAAGAGAGCAUUUUGACGAGUCAGCUAUUGGCCCUGACGGUGAUGCGGACCCGUAUUGGGGCUCGCAAAUGAUUCGGUCUCGGCAAAAGGUCUUGCUAGAGAUAGACAAUCAAGAUGAUGAUGCGAUAGCGGCUGCUGAUCUAGGGUUGAUAUGGGUGUCUAUCACGAACCUAGUACCUUCGUCUAUGAUGUGCACACUGCAUAUAUUUAGAGAUACAAGCCUGCGUGACCGCAUACGGUCUAGUCUAGACGGCGUAUUCGAUGAGGCUACCUGGGAUAUCGAUAUGGAUAAGGUGCUCCGUAAACCUCUGCUCUCAUCCGUAUAUGCUGAGACAUUGCGAUUGCACGUACAAGCUUAUAUUACACGCUGUUCACCUCACCGUGACGUGGGAAUCGCCUCAUGGUGGUUGCCUAAGAACCGAGUAUGUAUGGUUAAUACGUACGCAUCGCAUAUGGACACAAGUUUCUGGAACACACGCAACGGGGCUUUCCCCGUAGAAUCAUUUUGGGCCGAGCGCUUUCUAAUCGAUCCCCACGAUCCUUUCAGUGGUCCCGUUAGGCAUAACGUCCCGGCAUCCCAGUAUAAGCGGCCCGCGCCACCGGGCACUGAUGAUGAGGAGAAUAAGCCUUAUUUUUCUGUUCAGGGUCUUGAGGGAGCCUGGAUCCCUUAUGGUGGGGGAUAUGCGGCCUGUCCCGGUCGACAUUUCGCGAAACGUAUCAUAUUCUACACUACCUCUUUGCUCUUGGCUGCCUUUGAGGUUCAGAUCCUGACCAAGGAUUUGGACAUGGACUCCUCGAGCUUCGGCUUAGGCACCCAGAAACCGAAGCAGAGAGUCCGGUUUAGAAUUCGACGACGAGUAGGGAAAUUAGGAGCAUAG